AUGGAGGCUAUCAGACGACUCUUGCACCGUUCUGAAUCGAAAAGAACCAAUGUCAAGAGCGCCAGAGCCAACAACACUCUCAGCCUCCCACACAAUUUUAUCGCAGUUCCUCGACAGAAGUUGGAAACAAAUCCAACAUCAGGGAUCUUCGAACUCCCAGGCGAUUUCGGCGUCCUCGAACAAGAUUCCAAGAAUGUACACGAGGUCGCUGGAUCUCCGACGGACAACCACACGUACUACAUCCCUCCGACAAUCGAAACCAUCGCACCAGCACCAACAGAUAUCGUAAUCGCGAACGCAAAAGCGACCGUAACAUUACCUCGCGGAAGGUUUAAAAACGUCACGCUCUCGUACGAUAGCACAUACACCGAAAACUGCGUCUCCGAGAACUUCGUCAUUGAGAAUGAGUUUCCGCUACACCAUGUGCUCCCAUACCAGUCUAGGAGCGGUGCGGAAUACGUGCCCGCAGACUCGUAUGUUGAGCUGGUGUUGUCGCUUCAUCCCUAUAAUGUGAAGACGAGCAAAGUUGGGUUUCGUGUUGUUCCUGGGGUCGAAAAUGCGGUGUUAUUGGUUACAGAACAGGUUUUUGGGAAUCAGAGGUUGGGUUUGCAGUGGAAGUAUGAGAGUGAGGCGAUGUCGAGUAAUGAUCGUAUGAGAGCUCAGGUGUAUACUGCGGGUCGUAUGGGGAGUGUUCGUGUUCCUGAUGAUGAUAAGAUGCCUUCGAGAAACCAAACCGUACGCAGCGAGAGUAGUAAUGGAAGUUCUUCCACCGCACCUGAAGAAUCGUUCUGUGGAACUUCGGAGUAUGUGAGGAGACGACGACGGCUCAAUUAUGGUAUUAGUUAUGACGGGAAUUAUGAUCACAACGACGACUCGAAGAGUGCGGCAAAUAGAGCAAAGCCGGACGUGAUUCAUGGAGUUUAUGAUAUCCAGUCUAGAUCGGGCCAGUACUUUGUUGCUCCACGGAACAGAGCAAUAGGUUGA